GUGUAUCGAUUGGUUGGCGCCGCGGGCGCAGGUGCGCGCUUCCUAUUGGGUGUGGGCGGAGCGCGAGCGAUUGCGGCAGCUUCGGCAGCUGCAGGUGAGCGCGCGCGCGCGCCGCGGCUGUGGCUGGCUCGGGUGCGCGCGCGCGGGCUCGCGGGGGAGGUGGCCGAGGGAGAGGUUGCGGCGCCUGUGGCCUCCGCUCCGCCCCCUCCUCCUCCUCCAGCGCUGUCGCCGUCGCCGCCGGGGCCCGGAGGGAGGGAGCUGCCUCCCCGCCUGCCGCGCCGCCAGUCCGACCCUCGGUCCCGCUGUGUGAGUAGCUGGCGGAGUGGAGCUCAGUGCAGACGCAGGAGCUGCGGCCGCCCUCUCUGCAGGUGCCUGUGAGGAGGCGCCCGGGCCGCAGCCGGUUUCCGAGACCUCCGGUCGCGCACUCGCUCCCCGCGCUCCUGAGGGACCGCCCGACCGGAGGAGGCCGUCGCGGAGUUCGGCGCUCAGCAUGAACCGCAGCCACCGGCACGGGGCGGGCAGCGGCUGCCUGGGCACCAUGGAGGUGAAGAGCAAGUUUGGAGCUGAAUUUCGUCGGUUUUCGCUGGAAAGAUCAAAACCUGGAAAAUUUGAGGAGUUUUAUGGAUUACUACAACAUGUUCAUAAGAUCCCCAAUGUUGACGUUUUGGUAGGCUAUGCAGACAUCCAUGGAGACUUACUACCUAUAAAUAAUGAUGAUAAUUAUCACAAAGCUGUUUCAACGGCCAAUCCACUGCUUAGGAUAUUUAUACAAAAGAAGGAAGAAGCAGACUACAGUGCCUUUGGUACAGACACGCUAAUAAAGAAGAAGAAUGUUUUAACCAACGUAUUGCGUCCUGACAACCAUAGAAAAAAGCCACAUAUAGUCAUUAGUAUGCCCCAAGACUUUAGACCUGUGUCUUCUAUUAUAGACGUGGAUAUUCUUCCAGAAACACAUCGUAGGGUACGUCUUUACAAAUAUGGCACUGAGAAACCCCUAGGAUUCUACAUCCGGGAUGGCUCCAGUGUCAGGGUAACACCACAUGGCUUGGAAAAGGUUCCAGGGAUCUUUAUAUCCAGGCUUGUCCCAGGAGGUCUGGCUCAAAGUACAGGACUAUUAGCUGUUAAUGAUGAAGUUUUAGAAGUUAAUGGCAUAGAAGUUUCAGGGAAGAGCCUUGAUCAAGUAACAGACAUGAUGAUUGCAAAUAGCCGUAACCUCAUCAUAACAGUGAGACCGGCAAACCAGAGGAAUAAUGUUGUGAGGAACAGUCGGACUUCUGGCAGUUCUGGCCAGUCUACCGAUAACAGCCUUCUUGGCUCCCCACAGCACAUUGAACCAAGCUGUGAGCCAGAGGAUGAAGACAGCGAUGAAGAUGACAUUAUCAUUGAAGACAAUGGAGUGCCACAGCAGAUUCCAAAAGCUGUUCCUAAUACCGAGAGCCUGGAGUCAUUAACACAGAUAGAGCUAAGCUUUGAGUCUGGACAGAAUGGCUUUAUUCCCUCUAAUGAAGUGAGCUUAGCACCCAUAGCAAGUGGCUCAAACACGGAAUUUGAAACACAUGCUCCAGAUCAAAAACUCUUAGAAGAAGAUGGAACAAUCAUAACAUUAUGAAACCAUUGUUUGAAUGUUUUCAGAGUGAGGAUGCCAUGAGAACUUGUACAUUUGGCUAGUUUAAAAGCAUAUAUACCUCUGACCAGUGACGUGGAAUAGGCAUGAGACGAGUAACGUUGCAAGCUUACAAUAUUAUUAAAGUAGUAGUCUGGUAAUUGUUAAUAUAAACUUUGGUGGAUCAGAGGUGAAUUUAAGUCCAAAACAAAGGGGCCUUUGCUGAUGAAGUUACGUGCUUUUACUUUUUUGUCUGUGGAGAAUCAGAUGUUAAAGCACAUUCUUGGAACUAUGCGAGAAGACUAGAUCAUUUCUGUUGGAAGUGGUUGCAUAUUUAACCUGCUGUGCAGAGCCCAGUUAAUUUUUCCUUUAACUGUAUUUUUAAAAUUCUAAUGUGAAGUCUGAUUCUCUCUUUUGGUACACUGGGGACCUCAGCUCUUAAAGGUCUUAUGUUCCCAAUAUUUUAUUUUAUUUUUUAUUUUUUAUUUUUUUAGUGACUGGAUCUCACUCUGUUGCCCAAGCUGGAGUGCAGUGGCAUGAUCACAGCUCACUGCAGCCUCAACCUCCUGGGCUCAAGCAAUCCUCCCACUUCAGCCUCCUGAGUAGCUGGGACCACAGGCACGUACCAUGACACCUGGCUACUUUUUGUAUUUUUUGUAGAGACAGAGUUUUGCCAUGUUGCCCAAGCUGGUCUUGAACUCCUGGGCUCAAGCAGUCCUGCCUCGGCUUCCCAAAGUGCUAGGAUUACAGCCACCAUGCCCAGCCUAUUUUGAUUUUUGUUUUUUUAAUGUUCCUCUCUAAUAAAUUGUAACAAAUGAUGUUCUCAAGUGCAUUUCCAGUUUCUAAGAAUCAAACCACGUGGCUGUUUUUAGGAGUUGCUUCCCAUGUUAUAAAGCUCAGGAAGCUCUCUUUUUUUUUUUUUUUUUUUUUUUUUUUGUCUCUGUCGCCCAGGCUGGAGUGCAGUGGUGCAAUCUCAGCUCCCAGAUUCAAGCAGUUCUUCUGCCUCAGCCUCCUGAGUAACUGAGAUUACAGGUGUGUGCCAACACGUCCGGCUUAUUUUUUUGUAUUUUUAGUAGAGACGGGGUUUCACCACGUUAGUCAGGCGGAUCUCGAAUUCCUGACCUCAAAUGAUCUGCCCAUCUCGGCUGCCCAAAGUGCUGGAUUGCAGGCAUGAGCCACCGUGCCCGGCCAGGAAGCUGUCUUUUCUUGAGUUAUGAAACUCUGCAACAGUUGUUCAAGUUGGUGUUUGUCCUUCCUAUAGCUUUCAUAUUUGCAAAUUAAUUGUGUAUGGCUAUAAUUUAUGUUUUAAAAGGCAGUUCUCUUGACUUUGGAAACAUGGAAGUCUCUCCUUUAACCUGUUCUUGUUCCCAUUCCCAGUCUCAUUUGAAAUCAUUCAUUUUGUUGUUAGUGUGUGUAUUUUUGUUGGUGUGCUUUUAAUGCAUUCAAGUAUGCAUCAUUUUGGAUAAAAAAUGCAUCCAAAUUAAGAGGUUUUAACACAUAGGACAAACUUGUGCACUUUUUAUACCAAAAAAAAAAAAAAAAAAAAUUGGGUUUUCCUUCAUGGGAUUUCUAGAAACACUGCCUACAGUUUAUGAAAACUACAUAGUAUUCACCUGUGACAGGUAGUUUAUCACUGUUAAUUUUAUGAGGCUAUUUAUUACUUUCCAGUGCAUCCACUUAGAACAAGCUAAGAGUAAGGCUGCUAACUUUAAUUCCUUGCCUGAUUUUAUUGUACAAUGUGCACAAGCACAAUGGUAUGCUUGUAUAUAGAAACUAAAAAUAUUAUGAAGUACAUAAGUUCCCUAUGGCUUAUGGAGAGUUAUUUAUUAAUUAACUUUAUGGUAGGGCUAGUAUGAAUAUCUUUUUAACAAUUGUGUGCUAUUAAAACAAUGAAGAUUCAAAUGACUCCGUUUUGAAGGAUGUUUUCUCUAUAUGGUAAAAUAUAUGAAGAAGUCUUGAUUACAUGAAUAUCGCUUGACUCAGAAUACUUCAAUGUAUUUUGUUCACAUUACCACUAAGCAUAUUAUCAGUAAACUAUUAACUGACUACACAACACUAUGUAAUACGAUGUACUUUUUGUUGAGAUCACCGAAGUUCUUCCAUUUAUAUACUAUUUUUAAUGGCAUUCCGGCUUUAACAUUCUGUGAGUCUUAUAAAUUUGACUCUUGAAUGGCAAAAUAAUGUUAGUAUGUAGAAGGUUAACUUUCAUUUAUAAUAUAAGUGGUGCAGGGGUUCAACAUUUUAAGUAAAAAUAUUUUUACACACUACCUCUCUCUUUUUUUUUUUAAAGUUUUAACAUCAGAACUUUUGGGGGAAAAACUACUUCAGGGCUUGACUUUUUGUACAAAUUUUAACUGAAAUACAGAUUUAUCUUGUACACGUUCAUGGAAAUGGAAAUCAAAGCUGCUAGUGCUUUUUAUUUUAAUUAUCGUGUUAAGGGUAUCUGUCAAUAGUAUUUUCAACUAGAUCUCUGACUCUUAAAUUAUUGGUGAAAUAAUUGAUUACUAGACAUACUGUAAAACCAAUAGAUCCUGGUUAUACGAUAAAAUAUCAGCUCAUUGGUUGUCUCAAUUAUUUCAAGUGCACCUUAUUAACAAAAGUAUCAGUGGAUCCAGCAUAAAAUUUUAUAGUACUAAAUGUCAAGCCUCACUGUGAAUUUUGUUCUGUAUCUUAAGUAAAUUUAUGAUAAUGUUCUCGAGCUAUCAACAAAAUAUAUGUACUUUUGUGAGCUAUGAAUUUUCUAAUUAAAUUUUACAUGCUAUAACAUGAUUUUUACAUGAAUGAUACUUUGUUUAUAACUAUCAAAUGUCAGUAUUUUACUACAAUUUUAUAAAGUGUACAUUAUCACUAAAUGAACUUUGAUUUUAAAAAUCAAAUUAGCUUUAGUUGUAUGUUAUUUUUUACAAAUAAAGAUAGACUUGUAUAAAGGCUA